GGAACAAGAUGGAGGACUUCGCUAUGCUCGUGCACAAACUAACAGAACCUGCGAAGCAAGGCGAUUCAGCGACGGUUCGAGAAGUUUUGCGCGAUUCAAAGCGAUUGCAUUUUCUAUGGCAACCGACGACGGUACAGCAAGAAGCCAUCGACAAGUGCAUCGACACUUGUCUACCUUCGGGGGGUGGGGAGCAGCAUCUCAAGGGCUGGGUUGUCACCUCAGUCAAUGAGUGGGGAGGAGAUCAAGAGCGGAUAUUCCUUCUCACCGACAAGCGAUGUUACCGUAUAAAGUUUGACUUCGACUCGAAACAAGUAACUGCUUCC